AUGACAACGAAUGUUAUUGAAAAUGGAUAUGAAUCUGAAUAUAGUUCAAGUUCUAGAAGUGAAGAAGAUGUUGCAUUAUCUGCAUUUGAAACAGAAGUUGAUGCAUUUACACGUUUUAUCGAACAACAACGUGUUGAAGUUAUGUUUGAACUACGUCAUCUACGUUUUGGUGAACGACCUGUAACAGGACGAUCAAAUCGUACAAGAAUUCAAACUUUUCUAAACAAUAUUCAAGAACAACAGCAAGAACAAGAACAACAACAACAUAAUGUACGUGUGCCAUCGACGAGACCUAUUGUACCUAGUGCACAUAUUGCUGAUAUUGAUGCAUUAGCUAAUCGUCGAUGUGUAUCAGCUGCAUUAAGUAGUGCAUCAUUUCGACAAGAUCUUGAAAAUGCUAUUCGUCGUUCGAUUGAACCACGACCAGUGACAUUAAUACAACAAAUUCCACCAGCACCACCAAUGCCACACACAUUCAGGCAAUAUAGAAGGGAACAAUUACGUUCACAAAUUACACAAGAAUUCGCACAUAUUAAUAGGGAACAAUUACAUUCACAAAUUACACAAGAUUUACCUUCAUUUUCACUAAGUGUACCAUCAAUUAGAAUAGGACAAGAACGUUCACAGAUUCCAUCAAAUUCAAUACAUGAACCCUUUAAUCUUGAAAGACAAGAAAGGGAAAUAAAUGCAUGGCAAACAAUAACACAAUUACAACGUGAAAUCAUCGUCUUAGAAAUCAGUGAUCUUGUUCAUCGACAAUUAGUAACAAGUGCUUUAGAAAGUGAUUUUCGUACACAUCUUGAACAAAAUGUUUUAACUCGUUUGGAACAAGGAACACCACCACCACCACUACAAUCAGAACGUGAAGCAACAGCUAUUCCACUACCACAUACUCGUCCGACAUUUAUUUCUAAUCGAACAACAGCUAAUACUUCUCUCCCUACUUCAAGUAUUGAUGAACUAUCAUCACGUCUUGAUAACAUGCAACAUAUGUUACAAUUAAUGUUUUCAAUGCAAAUGGAUAUGCAAAGAUCUCUACGACAAGAAGUAGCUAGUUCUAUUGCUAAUAAUUCCUUAUCAACAAUACCUUCAUCAAGUCAUCCAAUAAAUGCUGGACAUUGUACAAUAUGUUUAACAGCUAUUGUUGAUACAGUACUCUAUCGUUGUGGUCAUCUAUGUGUUUGUUAUAUAUGCGGAUUAAAUCUUCGAGAAACAACUUCUACAACUCGUAUGAAAUGUCCAAUAUGUCGAGCUCCAGUUGAUGAUAUUCUUCGUGUUUAUCGAAGUAGCAGUGAUGGUGAAUAA